CACAUAAGAAAAUAACAGGAUGGAAAAUGGGUGUUAUUGGUUUAGUUGACGUCCCUGAAGAAGUAAAACACAGCCAAUUCAACACUGAAACCUAACCCCAUAGAUAGUAGAUAGUACGUUGAAUUUAAAGAACUCCCACUCCUUUUUUUAUUCAAAAAAUAAAGUUGUUGUUAAAUGCUUGUCAUAUUGCGCGGAGAUUGCCAACUGAUUGGGAUUCCUUUUCUCACAUAAUACUACUGUAGUUUGCUAAUCUCUUUAUCCUGCUCUUCAAUUCAUCUUUCAUCAUCCUCUGUUUUUUUUUUGGGAUAAUAAUGAAGCUGCCCCUUCUGUAGCCUAUACUACUGUAUCAAUCAUCCAGUAUUAAUCACUAGAUACCUUAUACCGAGAUAUGUCUCUUAAUCGAUUAUGCUACAUCCUCCCUACGGAGACGGAGAUGGAGACGGCGAUGGUGGAUAAGGAAGUAAUAGCCGAGUCUGAGCAAUCCAAAGGGCGUAGGAGCUGCCAUGAUCAAGUUGUUUCAAUGGUGAGAAGAUCAAUAAGGCGUCUGGUGAUGAGUGGAUCAGGAUUAUGCGGUGUCAAAUUUAAUAAAAGCACGGAACAGCAGCAGGAAGGGGCGUUGUUUCACGACAUAGGAGGAGUAGAAUUCUCAGACAUGGACACCAAUAAUAUGAGCAACCCCAAGAUGUUCAAUUUUGCUGAGCUUUAUAUUGGAACCAACGGUUUUAGUCAGGACCAGGUCCUUGGAAGUGGUGGUUUUGGUAGGGUCUUUAAGGCCGUCUUACCCAGCGAUGGCACGCUCGUUGCUGUCAAGUGCUUGCUCAAUACUACUACUACUAUUCCUACCAAUUAUAAUAAGGCUUCCUCAGAUCAUCAUCUUAUUAACAGCACCAUCGACAAGACUUUCGCCGCCGAGUUGGUUGCCGUGGCUCACCUGCGCCAUAGGAAUCUGGUCAGGUUAAGAGGUUGGUGUGUUCAUGACUACCAGCUCCUCCUUGUCUAUGAUUACAUGCCCAACCGAAGUCUUGACAGGGUCCUCUUCAAGAAUACCUCCAAGUCCCUUGUUCUAGAUUUCCAAAGGAGGAGCAACAUAGUCCUUGGCUUGGCUGCUGCCUUGUUUUAUCUCCAUGAGCAGCUCGAUACUCAGAUCAUCCAUAGGGACGUCAAAACCAGCAACGUCAUGCUCGAUUCUCACUACAACGCCAGGCUUGGCGACUUUGGCCUCGCUCGCUGGCUUGAGCAUGACCACCAUCUCCCUGAUUCCCGACUCCAUACCACUACUACUCCUCAUAAACACAGUAAGAACACAACAUCUCUCCUGUCUUCAUCCAGGAGAUCAUCAGAUUACCAAUUUCGGCUGGCAGAGACCAGCAGGAUUGGAGGAACAAUAGGCUACCUGCCUCCUGAAAGCUUCCAAAAGCGCUACGUUGCCACUGCAAAGUCCGACGUCUUUAGCUUUGGGAUUGUGGUCUUGGAAGUUGCUUCUGGAAGGCGAGCCAUUGAUCUUACUCAGUCCGAUGAUAAGAUCAUAUUACUGGAUUGGGUUCGAAGAUUGGCUGAUGAUGGCACCCUGCUGCUAGCUGCAGAUGCUCGACUGGCUGAAGGAUCUUACCAGGCGUAUGACAUGGAACGUUUGAUCCAUCUGGGACUCCUUUGCACCCUCCACAGUCCCAGAUCACGCCCUCACAUGAAAUGGGUUCUGGAUGCCCUCUGUGGAAAUCUUUCUGGCAAACUUCCAUCUCUCCCUUCUUUCAAGACACAUCCUAUGUAUAUCUCCUUGUCUACCACCAGCAGCAGCGCAUCUGACACCGGUACCGCCAGACCCAACUUCACCACCACUACUACCGUCACUGCAUCAUCCAUUUCAACAAUCUAUGUUACUGCUGCUGGAAAAACCAUAUUUGUAACAGCCCAAGGUAUUGAUGAUGAUGAUGAUCUGAAUGACAAAGACAACAGAUCAUAUACAUAUACUGAUGAUGUAGAUAGCAAGCCUGACAAAAACUCCUUUCACCUUCUGAUGGUUGAGACGCCAAGAGAGAUAUCUUACAAAGAGAUCGUUUCUGCAACCCACAAUUUCUCAGACAAUCACAGGGUGGCCGAGCUGGACUUUGGAACUGCCUACCAAGGCUUCCUUGAAGACCGCCAUCAUGUCCUUGUCAAGCGCCUUGGAAUGAAAAUUUGCCCUGCCCUACGAGCCCGCUUCUCAACGGAGCUCCAUAAUUUAGGAAGGCUUCGCCACCGCAACCUAGUACAACUCCGUGGCUGGUGCACUGAGCAAGGAGAAAUGCUGGUGGUCUAUGAUUACUUAGCCAGUCGGCUCCUCAGCAACAUGUUGUUCCAUAACACCACCAAAGUCCUGCAAUGGCAUCACCGUUACUAUAUAAUAACAUCACUUGCCUCCGCAGUUGUGUAUCUCCAUGAGGAAUGGGAUGAACAAGUUAUCCACAGAAAUAUUACCUCUUCAUCCAUAGUUGUUGACCCAGACAUGAAUCCUAGGCUCACCAGUUUCGCACUUGCUGAGUUCUUGACAAGAAACGAGCAUGGGCAUCAUGUAGCUAGCACCGAUAAUUCAGUUCGGGGGAUAUUUGGGUACAUGUCACCUGAAUACUUGGAGUCUGGAGAAGCAAACACUGCUGCUGAUGUAUAUAGCUUUGGAAUUGUGGUGCUUGAGGUGAUUACUGGACAGAUGGCUGUUGACUGUCGUCAUCCUGAGGUGCUAUUAGUCAAGAGAAUCCGUAAAUUUAAGGAUACAGACAGACCUUUUGAGUUGGCAGAUCCGCAGUUGGAUGGGGAGUAUGAGCAUCAGGAAUUUGUCAGACUACUGAAAUUAGGACUGGCUUGUACACAUUCCAAUUCACAAUUACGACCAACUAUGAAACAAAUUGUCAGCAUACUCAAUGGUAACACUUCUUGCUUCAUCCAAGGGAGUAUUGAGGGAAUACAAGAAUGGAAACGAGCAAAUACCUAUUCAUUGUCAUUGGUCAGACGAAUCCAGGCCUUAGGGAUUCAAUAGCACCCUUCGGGAUACUAUAUAAUAGAUACAGAUAGUGUCUAAAACUUCCUUUAUACAUGAUGCAGAUGCAAUUUGUGGUUAAUUAGUCCCUUUUAAUUAUUUUUAAACAAAAUUGAUCAGCUUUUAGCUAGUAGUAACUGCUAGUUUUUUGUGCUUGUUUUUAAAUUAGCUAAAUUUUUACCCUAUUUUUCUGGGUUGUACCAAGCUUGCUUUUGUAUAAAGUAAUGUUAUAUAUAUGUUUUGCCUGUUGGUUAUGCUUCACCUUGCUUCUCUUUGCUAA